GCCGAGAUGACGCGGCUCCCGCUCGCCCAGGGGCCGAGCGGGCAGCCGCUGUGAGCAGAGCCAGCUCGAGCCCCGCGGGCGCGGAAGGUGUUGCGCAGCCACCACUGCCGCCGCCACUGUCUGCUCUUCGUCCCCCGGAGCCCACCCUCAUGCUUCCUCGGGCCAACUGAGCCCUGGCUGGGCAGAGCAAGGGCCUCUCUUGGCCGCCCGGCUCUGCUUCUCCCCCCGGCUUUCAUGGAUCUGAGGCUCCCCUUGCUGCUUCUGUGGUGGACUCUGACAGCGCCCCUGGCCCUCCUGGCCAGCGAGGGACUCAGCCAGCACAUCUACACCAACACCUGGGCUGUCCUGGUGCCUGCGGGUCUGCAGGAAGCCGAACGGAUGGCCAGGAAGCAUGGCUUCUGCAACCUGGGACCGAUUGUCGGGGACUAUUACCACUUCUACCACCGGGCUGUGGCAAAGCGGUCCCUCUCGCCACACUGGUCCUGGCACAGCUCCUUGUCCAGAGAGCCACAGGUGCUGUGGCUGGAGCAGCAAGUUGCCAAGCGCAGGACCAAGCGAGAUGCCUUCCUAGAGCCAACCGAUCCGAAGUUCCCACAGCAGUGGUACCUGUCCAACAGCAACCAGAGAGACCUGAAUGUGCAGGAGGCCUGGAAGCAGGGCUACACCGGCCGUGGGGUGGUGGUCUCGAUCUUGGACGAUGGCAUUGAGAAGAACCACCCUGAUCUGGAAGCCAAUUAUGACCCCGCUGCCAGCUUUGAUGUGAAUGACCAGGAUCCCGAUCCUCAGCCUCGCUACACACAAAUGAAUGACAACAGGCACGGCACUCGGUGUGCGGGUGAAGUGGCUGCUGUGGCCAACAACGGCAUCUGUGGUGUGGGUGUAGCCUACAAUGCCAAGAUAGGAGGCGUCCGUAUGCUGGAUGGGGAAGUGACGGAUGCCGUGGAAGCCCGCUCCUUGGGCCUGAACCCCGACCACAUUCACAUCUACAGUGCCAGCUGGGGCCCAGAAGAUGACGGCAAGACAGUGGAUGGCCCCGCCCACCUGGCCGAAGAGGCCUUUCACCGGGGUGUGAGCCAGGGCCGCAACGGGCUGGGCUCCAUCUUCGUCUGGGCCUCGGGGAACGGCGGCCGCGAACAUGACAGUUGCAACUGCGAUGGCUACACCAACAGCAUCUACACCCUCUCCAUCAGCAGCACCACACAGUACGGCAACGUGCCCUGGUACAGCGAGGCCUGCUCCUCCACGCUGGCCACCACCUACAGCAGCGGCAGUCAGAACGAGAAGCAGAUCGUGACAACCGACCUGUGGCAGAAAUGCACGGAGUCGCACACUGGAACUUCUGCUUCUGCGCCCCUGGCUGCUGGGAUCAUUGCCCUUGCUCUGGAAGCCAACAAGAACCUGACCUGGCGUGACAUGCAGCACCUUGUUGUGCGGACAUCCAAACCCGCUCACCUCAACACCAAUGACUGGGCCACCAAUGGGGUGGGACGCAAAGUCAGUCACUCCUAUGGCUACGGACUCCUGGACGCAGGUGCCAUGGUGGCUCUUGCCAAGAACUGGACCUCAGUGGGGCCUCAGCGGAAGUGCAUCAUCGACAUCCUCACAGAGCCUAAGGACAUCGGCAAGCACCUGGAGGUGCGCCAGAAGGUGGACGCCUGUUGGGGAAAGGCCAGCUAUGUGGCUCAACUCGAACAUGUCCAAGCCAGACUCACCCUCUCCUACAACCGCCGCGGAGACCUGGCCAUUCACCUGGUCAGCCCAGCGGGUACCCGCUCCACUCUGCUGGCUGCCAGGCCCCGGGACUAUUCUGCCGAUGGCUUCAAUGACUGGGCCUUCAUGACCACUCAUUCAUGGGAUGAAGACCCAGCUGGCGAAUGGGUGCUGGAAAUUGAGAACACGAGUGAAGCAAACAAUUACGGUACCCUCACAAAGUUUGUUCUGGUCCUGUACGGGACGGGCCCUGACCUCCCUGACCUCUCUGAGCAGUUUGAGAGCACUGGCUGCAAAACCCUGGUCCCCAACCAGGCCUGUGUGGUGUGUGAAGAAGGCUUCUACCUCCACCAGAAGACCUGCCUCAAGGCCUGUCCGCCUGCCUUCGCCCCAGCCCCCGGGCUGGCCGCCGUGGAGAACAGCCUCGACCCCCACCUGCUGCACCCCAGGCUGUGCGUGCCCUGCCACCCAUCCUGCGCCACCUGCCUUGGACCCUCGGCGGCCCAGUGCUUGUCCUGCCCUGCUCACGCCCAUUACAACAGCCAGGAGCACACCUGCUCUCAUCAGACGCAGAGCAGCCGGGCCUCCCCGCCUGGGGGGGCGGUCAUGGCCCUCACCAGCCUCCCCUCCAACCUGCCACUCCUGAUGGCGGGCCUGAGCUGUGCCUUCAUUGUCCUGGUGUUUGGCGCCAUCUUCCUGGUGCUGCAGCUUCGGUCGGGGCUGUGCCUGCGUGGGUACAAGGCGUGCUCUCUGGAGAGCGGCCACCUCAUCGCCUACAAAGGCCUGCCCUCAGACAUGUGGCAGGAUGGGCCAGAGGAGGAGGAGGGGGGUGGUGAGCGGACUGCCUUCAUCAGAGACCAAAGACUUUGACACGUCUGUGGCCCUGGCGAGGCGGGGGGGGCGGCUGGGGAAGCUGAGCCUCGGCCCCACUGCUCCCACCUGCUCCUGGGGCUGAGCCCCUCUGGUCUGUGGCUGGAUGCUGCUGGAGCCACCCUCUCCUGGUUUCAAUUCACCAAAGUUUUUUUAAAACUAAACCAGUCUGUCCUGUGGUGGGAAGGGGUGGCGUAGAGGUGGAGGCAUCUUCCUAGUUGGGAGAGGGCUGAGGCAGCAGGCGGAGCCUUCCUCUGCCUGGGGGGCUUCAGGCUCCCUUCUGCAGUCACAGCCAGGCAUUGCCUUCCUCCUCUUCCCACUGUGGCCAGGAGGGCACUGCCCUUGCCUCCUGGCCUCCUGCCUGAUCUGCCAUCCCCACCCCGCAGGGCACCUGAGCAGGGCUGUCGGGAACGAUGGCCGUGAGGCCACCUCCUUGCUUGGCGCAGCCGGGCUGCCCGCCCUCCCCCCCGCUGCGUGAGCCGGUUCUCCCAGGACCUGCGGUGAGGCGGCCAGCCAGCUGGCUUGCUCACCAGCCCUGCGCAGCUGCUCCCGGGAUCUGCCGAACGUUGCUGGAGCUUCCACCUUUCCUCACGUGCCUUCUUGCCCUUCCUCCUCUGGGAUGACAAUCCGUGCUGCCGGCCUUGGGGCCUGGGCCUGGCGUCUGCUCACUGGCCUCGGGAGCUGCCUGGUGGAGGUUGUUCGGUGGGGGCUGCCUGGGACACUUUUUCUAUAACUUUUUGGUGCACAAACAAUUUCUUGUAAUUUGAAGAAGGAGCCAAUUCCUGGGGCCAGUUUUUUUUUAAUUUAAUGGAUGUGGAUAUAACUCUAGAGAGAUUAAAGUUUAUUAAAUGUUGGAACUAUGCAAA